AUGCAGCCACAGCAGCAGCAGCAACAGCAGCAGCAGCAGCUCCAGCUGCAGCUGCUGCAGGAGCAGCAGCAACAGCAGCAGCUACUGUUGCAGAAGCAGAAGCAGGAGCUGUCCUCUCCCCGUGCUAUGUCGUCUCCUCGAAGACUGCAGCACGCACCUGAUCCCAAUUCUGGUGAACCGCUCGAUACAACAACAGCAGCAGCAGCAGCAACAGCAGCAGCAGCAGCAGCUGAACAUCCUAACGAACUCCAGGGACUUUCAGGCUGCGCCCCCGGAGAAACCUCUUCUCAACAGAAGGCCCAGAAAGGAGACAGCCGGCCUUCAUCUCCCAGCCUGAAGCAUUGGGGGCCCCCCAAGGUGUCUCCCCUCCGCAGCGAGGAGGGCCCCAGUCUGUCUCCUCAGCAGCUGUCUCCUGUCUCUUCUUCGUUUGCUUGCAAGGAAUUGGGGGCUGUAAGCCUCACCCAAGGAGCUGAGGAGACACCUGAGAGCUCGUCUUGCUGCUUAGAGGCUGCUCCGCAUGCGCAGACUCCCGGGUGUCUCCGUGUCUCCUCCGUCUCGAGCUGUGAUGCUGCUGCUGCAGCACCAAAAGGAGACAGCGAAAGUACACAUGUAGAAUAUCUGUCUCCUUUUAGGAACAACUGCUGUCUCUCCUCCCCUAAAGGCCUCCUUAAGCAAGAGCCCCUCAGCCCCAAAUGGACCCCAGCAGCUGCUUCGCCGCAGCUGCAGCAGCAGCAGCAGCAGAAAGAGACGCAGCAGCAACAGCAGCAGCAGCAACAAGGGCUGCAGCAAGGGCAGGACGUGCUGCAGCCUGUAGCAGCAGCAGACGCGAUGGAGACAGCUGAUGCCUUCUCAUGUUCUGAUUGGGGCUUCUGCAGUCUCUACUCCCUUGAGCCGUCUCUCAGCCCUCUAAGCUACGCAAGCUGCUCCGAAGGCAGCAGCAGCAGCAACAGCAGCAGCAGCAGCGGCAGUGGCAGCGGGAGCCUUCCUGUCUCCAGCGACAUGGACCUGAGCAGCAGCAGCAGUAGCGGGUGCAGCAACAGCAACAACAGCAACAGCAGCAGCAGCAGCGGGUGUCUGUACACCCCAGGUUCUUCCCGGCUGCCUGUGGGGUUGGAGACGACGGAGUUGGGAUCGCUGCGUCGUACCACGAUCCCAGAGUCUCCUGGUUGCUGCUGCAUGCGCUCUCCUGUGCCCCCCCUGAGCCGUCUCUGUCCUCAAUCUGCUGCAGAUAAAGAAGCAGCUCUUCUUGCUGCUCCUCUGGGGCCUAUGAGUCCAGCAGCUGUCUCUGAUGUUGCUCUGCCGCUCUCUGAUUUGCUGCCUCUCUCUUGUGUUGAUGAUGAAGUGUCUCUAAAUGAUGCAGCAGCAGACACAGAAACCUGCGAACCCCUGGGCCCCUGCUUCGCUCCUGCUGCACUUUGGGGGAGACAGCAGCAGCUAAGGUCAGAGGGGGCCCCCCUGUCUGUCUGGCCGACAAUGGGAAGACUCCCGCUGCAGCAGCUCCCGCUGCAGCAAUUCCCGCUGCAGCAGCUGCAGGGGGCACGAAGGCUUCCUUGUGUCUCCUCCUGUCUCUCUUCAGGUGUCUCCUGUCUCCGUCUGGGGGGCCUCAGGGGCCCCCCUCUCGCCUGCUGUCCUGCAAAGUCUGCUAGUUUGCUGCAGGCUUGGGGUGUCUCUCCGUGGGGACUGUCUCUGCAGGAGGGGCCCCUAGGGGGGCCCCUAGGAGGAGGGGGCCCCUGCUUCGCUGGCAACUCCAGGUGUCUCUGCAGGGGCCCCUCUGUGCAGCGCUGCGGUGGCUGCUUAGUGAUGUGUAGAGAAAAGGAGACAAACAGCAGCAGCAAAGGGGGGGGGCCCCGGGGCCCUGUUGGGGGAGGAGAUGACAGCCACGGUGUCUCUACUUGCUGCCGCCGUCUCUUCGCUAGACAGAACUGCCGCUGCUUAAGUCGCCUAAGGAGACACUCGAAGUGUGGGGCCAGCUGGGGGGGAGGAGGAGACAGCAGAGACACCAGAGACACCAGAGACAGGAAGCAUGCAGAUGCCCAUGCUCUUCGCUGCAGUUGCAAGUGCUGCGGCCCUGCAUGCGGAGCAGCAGCAACAGCAGCAGCAGCAGCUGCUGCUGCUGCUGCUGCUGCUGCUGCAGGAGGAGGAGGACACCAGGCGUCUCCGCCGCAACCGUGGGGCCCCACGCAGCUCAGCAACAGCGACAUGCACGCCCCGUAUCAAGCGCCUGUCCCUGCUGUCUCCUCUGGUGUCUCCUCAGCUGUCCCCUUGCGGGGAGACUGCUGCAGGGGUAUGCUCUCUGGUGGCUUGGGGGCGUCUCCGUUGCUGCUGCCAGGCCUCAGCAGCAGCAGGCGUGGGGGCCCCGAGGGGCCCCCUGACGGAUGGGGGGCCCCCAGGGGCCCCCGCUGCUCUCUUCUUAAUUACUCUCCUGAUCUGCAUUAUUGCUGCUUUGCUGGGUUGAAGGAGACAGGAGGUAGCCUUGGCCUGAAGCUGCUGCCUCCCGAGUGUAUAGGCAGGGGCCCCCCUUCACAUGGGGGGGGCCCCCAGGCACCGCCGCUGUCUCCUCCCCCAACCCUGCCGUCUCCUUUUGCUGGUGUCUCCAACAAACUCGAAGGCCCUGAUGCUGCACAGGGAGCAGCAGCAAACUCUAUGCAAGGCAACGCAGCAGCAGCAACAGCAGCAGCAGAUAGCAGUAACGCGGAGCAGCUCGGGAUGCAAGCCACGCCACGCCAGCAGCAGCAACAGCAACAGCAACAGCAGCAGCAGCAGCACGCCGGGGCUCCGGCACCGGUUUGCGGUUGCUACGCUCCUCUAGGAGACAGUUGCUGCUGCAGGAGGCAGCAACGUCCCCCCUGCAGCAGCAGCAGCAGCAGCAGCAGCAGCAGCAUGGACGCGCAGCAGAGGGAGGAGGGGGGCCCCCCAGGAGCUCUCCAGCAUCCUUUGUGUCUCUCUGCAGGUCGGCGUGCUGCUGCAGCAGCAGCAGCAGGCUGUCGAAGUUGGGGAUGUUGCCAGAAGUGUCUCUGCUCCUCCACCGUUAGAGACAUCAGAGACAGGCAAGAGGGCCCCCUUGCUGCUCCUUCGUCUACAGCUCAGCUGCUGCAGCUUGAUGCAGCAAGUCCCCUUCUAACAGCAGCAGGGCAGCAGCAUGAACCCACCAUUGGGGCUGCUGCUGCAUGCGCCUUGAAAGAAGAGACAAAUCUUCAGGGGGGGGCCCCCAGCAGCCUCUCUCACUGCAGGCCUGCAGCAAAUUACUUUGGAGAAGCCCCGGGGGCCCCCGUGCUGCCGCUGGGGCCCCCAUGGGUGUGCGUAGAUGCAGCUAUGCAAACUGUCUCCUGUUCAUCUUCUCCUUCUCCUAAAGGAGACGAGGCCCCCAUAGAGGCGCUGCUGUCUGCUGCAGCAGGUCCUGGGGGCCCUGGGGGCCCCCUGAGCUGCGGCGGUGAGGAGACUGCUGCAGCUUCGUUGUGCUCUGCUGGGGAUAUGCAAGGAGCCAGGGAAGCAGCAGCUGGAACAGCAGCUACGUCUGCUGCUGCUGCUGCUGCUGCAGCUGGUGCUCAGAGUCUCCCCAGCUGUCUCUUCUCUGCAGCAGCAGCAGAGUCGCAGCCAACCCCAAAGAGGGGGCUGCAUAGCAGUCUGCUGCAGGAGGAGACACCUGCAACGGAGACAGGGAACAGGAGGAGGAGACCCAUCUACGAUAUCUCUGAAGAAGGAGACAGCUGCGCUUCAGGUGUCUCCCCACAUCCUCAGUUGCAUGCAGGUGCUGGCGAGUUGCUGCUGGGGGAGGGGGGGCCCCCAAAGGCAGGGGCCCCCCCGCACCUGCUGCCUCACUGGGCCGACCCGCAGCAACUUGCUGCUGCAGCGCAGCAGCAAGGAGACACUUCCGAGGCUCUUGCUGAUCUACUGAGGACACAGGAGACACCUGAGGAGACACCUCAGCUGUGUGGGGGCGCCGUGAGCGGGGCAGCAGCAGCAGUAGGCAGCAGCAGCGCGCAGGCGUUUCCCAACCUCAACGUGAACAACAACAGCAGCAGCAGUAGCAACAGCAGCAAUGGCAGCAACAGCAGCAACAGCGGCACUCAAGAACUUGAAACCUCCGCUGCCGCUGCUGCUGCUGCUGCUGCUGCUGCUGAGGCCUUUUCCUGUGGGAAGCAACAGGGACAGGGUCUCUCUUUGGGGCCCCUAGGAGACGGGGGUCCCCGUGCUGGGGGCUGGAUCCCCCACCACGCGCAGCUAGACAACCAGCAGCAGCAGCAGCAGCAGGCUGUGGGGGGAGCUGCUGCACUCGGGGGGCCCUCGGGUGCCUCAGCACAUCCGCUGCAUGCGUCUGACGGCGGCGGCGGCACUGGGGAGGCGAGCAACAGCAGCAGCAGCAGCAGCAGCGGAGGUGAGCUGUGUGGGGCUGCAGAUGGAGGUGCAUGCGUAGUGUUGAUGGGCGGAGUAAAAAGAGACUGCUCGUUUGCGGAGGGGACGGGGCCUCAGCUGCUGCCAGUUGCAGCUGUAGAGACAGCAGCAGGUGUCUCUGUCUCUGGGAUGUACAAGCGGAAGCCCGGCAGCAUCGGCAACAGCAGCAGCAGCAGCAGCAGCAACAGCAGCAACAACAACACUAACACCAAUAACUGUUGCUUAACUGGUGCUUCCUCCGCGAGUUCUUCUGCAGCUCAUCCUCCUCCUUCUCCGCAACAACAACAGCAGCAGCAACAGCAACAUCAUCAUCAUCAGCAGCAGCAGCAGCAGCCGCGGCUUCUAGGCCUGCAUGCACGCCCCCCUCCUCCUCGCGUCUAUCACGUUGUGAUGUGCACACGGCGUUACUGGCGGGUAGAAUGGGUGUCUCCGGAGACAGGGCGUAGGGUGUAUAAACACUUUGGGGAGAACCGAUAUGGAGGAGGAGACAGAGCUAGAGAUGUUGCGUUUCGCUUCUGGGCGGAAGUCAGAAAAAGAAGUGCAGAAGGCUUAGAAAGAGGGGAGUGGCAGGGCCUGACUGAGGUGACGCGAAGAGUAAGAGAAGAGGGUGUUGAAGGUAUACUACAGGAAGUCAGAGACACCCCAAAUAACACCAGUAGCAGCAACAGCAGCAGCAGCAGCAGCAGCAGCAGCAGCAACAGCAGCAGCAGCACCAGCUGCAGUACCAGCUGCACCACCAACGCUAUCCCUACCAAUCCUAAUACUACACUCCCUACGCUGCAAGAACAAGACACACCGCAUGCAGAUGAAAUGCAUACACAUCCUGCUGGAACUCCAGAAGCAGCAGCAGCAGCAACAGCAGCAGCAGCAGCGGCGGCGGCGAUGCAGACGAGUCAGGGUACUGAGAUAGCUGCGGGGGAGGCCCUAGGAGAUGCAGCAGAAGAAACCCGCUUCAAUGGAUUCCCCCCACAGCAGCAGCCUAACCCUCACGCAGCAGCAGCAGCAGCAGCAGCAGCUGCUGCUGCUGCUGCUGAAGCGUGUCGCCAGAGAGCAGCCUCCCUCAGGCCCUGCACGCGGGGACGGGUGCAGCGAGAAGGCAUCAAAGACACUGCUAAUACCCACAGCAGCAGACUCACUCAGCAGCAGCAGCAGCAGCAGCAGCCAAUGCACAGAGAGGAGACACCUACUACCUUGACUGACCAAGGCCCCGCCUCCUCCGACACCACUGGUCCUGCCGACGAUGAGAGCGCAGAACAGCAGCAGCAGCAGCAGCAGCAGCAGCAGCAGCAGCAGCAGCAGCAGCACCUGCAGCAACACCUGCAGCAGAUGGAGUCCGAGCCUUUCGCUUCUCUUCCUGGAUUCGGCGACUCCCCAGGGGCCCUUCGAUACCCUGGACAGCAGCAGCAACAGCAGCAGCAUCAGCAGCAGCAGCAGCAACAGCAGCAGCAGAGUAAGGAUGAGUCUGCCGCUGCCCCCAGCUACGUGGUGGGCGCCCCACAGGGGCCCUUUCAAGCCAGCAUAGAUGGACAGCCUUCAGCUAGCGCUAGCCAGCUAGCUGAGGCCCCUCUAUCUACAGGGGGCCCCCCUAUGGGUGAGGGUUCAGCGCUGCAAGAGCUGCCUCCAGAUACUGCAGCAACAGCAGCAGAUUGGGCGGGGGGCCCCCAGAGGACAGGGGGCCCCCAGCAGCUGCAGCUGUACCCUUCAUCUAUAGGUAGUCUCCACAACGCAGCAACAUUUUGGGGUUCUGCUGCAGAGCCUGCAGCAGCAACAGAGGCAGGAGACACCUGCGCGGGGCCCGCCAAAGGUGGGCCCGAGUUGCUGCUCAAAAGAGACCCCAGCAGCAGCAGCAACAGCAGCAGCAACAGCAGCAGUAACAGCAGCAGCAGCAGCAGCUGCGGGCUCCCCUCUCUAGAGUCUGGAGAGCCACCUGCUAAGAGAUAUCGCCCAGACAGCAGCGAGAGAGCUCUGCAAGGGGAGGGCCUCCCUUGGGGGCCCCCUACUUCUUCAAUGUCUGCAUACCCGAAUAGCAGCAGAAGCAUCAUUAACGGGUCUUUAACAAACUCUGCUGCAGUGCCGCUAGGCCCUUGCGGCGCGCUGGGCUUUGGGGGGCUGCUGGACUUCGCUGCAGGAGGAGCUGCUGCUCCAGGAGAGGCAUCUGCUGCUGCUGCUGCUGCUGCUGCUGCAGCAGCAGCAGCAGCGACAGCUCCGCCGCUCGGCCCUUCUGGAGGCCCGCAAGUGCUUUCUGCUUCUGCUGCUGCUGCUGCUGAUGGUAGCAGCAGCAGACCGCGGUGGAUGUGCUGCGGAGGAGACACUCCAAAUGCUCUCUCCGCACUUCAGGGCCCUCUAUCCCCUCAGGAGCUGCAGGGGACAGCGGGAGGUGUGGGGCCCCACAGCAUGCCUACUCCUUUUCUAAACAAUUCAAGUGUAGCGCCGGGUGGUUUGUUAUACUCGGCCCCCUCUGCGUUCAAUCCCUGCGACUCCCAGGUGUCUCUGCAGCAGCAGCAGCAACAGCAGCAGCAGCAGCAGCAGCAAGGUUUGGGGCGUGGGGUUGCUGCUUCACUUGAUUCAUUUCCGUUGGGUUGUGCUCCGGAUGGGGUGUACGUGGGUGGUGGGCAGAGUGGGCCUUCAGGUGUAUCUCCAUGUGGCGGUGUACGCUCAGCAGCAGCAGCAGCAGCAGCAGCGGGCGCAGGAGGAGCCGGAGCAGCAGCAACAGGAGCAGCAGCAGCAGCAGCAGCAGGAGCCUCUAGUGGAGGAGGGGGACCAUCAAGUGUCUCCUCAGGCAGACGCUCUCGCUGUGGGGGUUCAUCAACGGGAGGAGGUGGGCGUAAGGGACAGCAUGGUGGGGGGGGUUCUAGCCGUAGCAGCAGCAGCAGCAGCAGCAGCAGCAGCAGCAGGACAAUAGGACGGAUAUAUUCUCUGCUUGUUCGGGGUGUCCGCUGCUGGAGAGCAGAGUGGCAUGAUAGGACCAGUGGUCACCGUAAGACAAGACAAUAUGCAGCACCUAAACACGGGGAGCAGCAAGCAAGGGCUUUAUGUCUUCAAGCUUUAUGUGAAGCACGUAGUGUCCCUGCUCAGCUGCUGCUGGAGGCGCAGCAAACAUUUGCUUACGAACCUUGUCUGUCUCCUCAGCAGCCAGAAGAACCUGCUGAAGCAGCAGCACCUGCUGCUCCCCACACUCUAACAUCUACGCAUACAGCGGCCUAUCAUAAUAACAGCAGCAACAACAACAACCAACAGCAGCAGCAGCAGCAGCAGCAGAUGCAGCAGCAGCAGAUGCUACCGCAUACGCAACAGCCUGUUGAAGAGACAGGGAGUCAUAUGCUGCAGCAGCAGCUACAACGAGGCGAAGCAGAUGUCCGCAGCAACGGACUUGUAUAUACACCUCAAGCAUACUUGUGGGGGCUGUCUCCUGCUGCAGAUGCUGCAGAACAGCAGCAGCAAUUUGCUGCGGGAGGCAGCGAAUCCAUCAGGCAUACACAGCAGCAGGCAACCCUCUUCCUGGGGGGCAUGCCGACCCCCUUAGAGACACCGGCUGCUGCUGCUGCUGCUGCUGCUGCUGCUGCUGUUUCUGCUGUCCCCAUUGAGGAGACACCCAACCCGGGGGGCCCCCACGCCCAGGCAACUGCCGGGGGCCCCCUUACUCCAGGCUUCCCUCCAGAUAACAACAACCCCACCGCUUCUGCUGCUGCUGCUGCUCAGUUCGCCAGCAACAACUCAUUCUCUGGCAGCAGCAGUGCAGAAGCAGCAGCAGCAGCUGCUGCUGCUGCAACUACAUGCAGCGCCUCCGGCAUUGAAGGGACAACAGCUCACCAUCUUCAGGGAGACGGUCUCCCCCCGAAGCAGGGCGGAGACACCGACGCAGCGCUGAAUACUCUGUCUCUUAUCUGCAGCAGCAGCAGCAGCAGCAGCUGCAGUAGCAGCACAACCGCAGCAGCAGACCCCACAUCGAUCCCCAUCGCGAACGCAGCCGCCCCACAACCGUGCAACUACCCUCCUGCUGCUGCUGCUGCUGCUGUCGGCCUCCUUUUAAAAGAGGAGUCUCCUAAUGGAGGAGACAAUACUUCCGCAGUGGCAACAGCAGCAACAGAAGGAGACACCGCAUUCGCAUGGAGCCCUUCUUUUUUAACCGUUUAG